AUGUUCGGCCUUAGUUUCGGCUCAAAAAAGUUCCCCUACGUAGAACGAGACAGAACGGUGUACACCGCUCUUCGCGACGGAGCCUCCUGGCCGAGUGACGAGGGCGACGGCGACGAGAAAGCUCUCUUCGUGAGGCCGUCGACGAAGAAAUCAGGCCGGUUCUGGAGGGCGUUUGUGAUCCUCCUGCUGCUAUCCACCAAUGCCACCACCCUGGUUGCUCUUCUCGUGACGAGACAUCUUGCCUCGAAGGUCGAUGCGGUGGAUCCGGUGUAUACGCCUGACUCAUGGGCUCGCGUCGACACGCUCCCCACCAAAUGGAUGCGGCUCAACUGGUGGACCGAGUACAGCGACAAGAACUUCACCGAGACAGACGCCCUCUGGGACGCCAUCAACCCUGCUCACGGCUUCAUCGCCAUCGACCGCGAGUGGGCCAAGUCCCAGCAUUGGCCUGACAGCAUGCACCUGCCGAGCGACGACAGCAAGAACGUCUAUCUUCUGGAAGCGUACCAUCUGCUGCACUGCGUGACAAUCAUCCGCAAAACUUUCUGGGAAGCCAUCCAUCGCGCAGAGAAAUACACCUUCCGACCCCCGCAUGCGGGCCACUGCAUCGACAUGCUGCGGCAAUACGUGAUGUGCAAGGCGGACAACACGCCGCUGUACCUGUUUGGCGACGACACGGCGGGCGACGAGCAGUACCGCAAGUGCCAGGACUGGGACACGCUGCGGCAGUUUGCCACGGACCAUUCGGCCUGCUACCGCGACACGCCGCCGGACGUGGACAAGGAUACGUUUCCGCUUGGGGCCCAUUUCGGGUAUUGCGAUGGGGGAUACGAUGGGCUGGUGGCGGGAGAGCGGAGAGGGCCUUGGAAACAUGGUGUUGUUUUUGAUGGGCCGGAUUAG